UCAAAGAUCCUCCUGAAAUGACCGCGUUUUUUUUAUCGGUUGUGCUGUUUACGUUAUUACUUAACUUGACACAAGUUAGCAGCGUUACACUGACAUUCUCCAAGACUGAUCUAACGCUGAUUAUUCCCGAAACGAAAAGUUUGUGGCUUGUACCAAGUGGACCAUUGAAGGAGACAGCAGUAGUGCUAUUUACAUAUGAGAUAGGAGAUGACAUUAAAUACACAGAGGACCAUGAUUUACUUCAUAUUCUGCCCAACGUCACCAUUGCAGCCAACAGUAGCCUGACAGUGAAGAUCAAUUUUACUGCAGAUCAUGCUGGCAGUAUUAAUGUCGGAGUGAACUCUUCAUCACUGGAGCUGACAGGCUUGGAGAGUUCCUUUGUAAGGCUGAGUAUCUUCCAUAGUUCUGCCAUAGUUUACAUCAAUAUAGUGAUUGGUUGGAUCUACUUUGCUGCUUGGUCUGUGUCAUUUUAUCCACAAGUUUAUGAAAACUGGAAGCGUAAAAGUGUGAUUGGUCUGAACUUUGAUUUCCUUGCCUAUAACAUCACAGGUUUUAUAGCCUACAGCUUCUUCAAUGUUGGACUGUUCUGGUUCAAAAGUAUUCAGGAUGAUUAUAAGAGUUCACAUCCAAGGGGGAUAAAUCCUGUUCAACUGAAUGAUGUGAUUUUUGCUCUCCAUGCAGUCUUUGUCACCAUCAUCACCAUCUGUCAGUGCUGUAUGUAUGAGCGUGGUGGACAGAGAAUCUCCAAGAUUUCUUGUAUUCUGCUGGUUCUGGCCUGGCUGUUUAUUCUUGUAACAUUAUUCCUGGCGGUGGGCAAAGUCAUCACCUGGCUCAGCUAUCUCUACUGCUUCUCAUAUGUCAAACUUGGUGUGACCCUUAUCAAGUAUGUUCCUCAGGCAUACAUGAACUACAAAAGAAAAAGCACAGUGGGUUGGAGUAUAGGGAAUGUUUUACUGGACUUUACAGGAGGGAGUUUGAGUCUGCUACAGAUGUUCUUGUUGGCUUACAACAGUGGUAAGUGUUAA